GCUCGCUCUCCUCGCCUCUCUAUUUCCAUCUUUGAGCUUUAUCCCUUCAUCCCUGAUCUCCUUCAUCCCCUGCAAUCCUCAUCUGCUCGUGUCCGCCGAGCGACCAGAGACCAGCAGACUCUUCCACCAGCGAGCAGACGUCGGGGUAGAGCGUCCGAGCAGCCAGCACUCGCAUCCUGGGAUUUUGGGAACCUCCACGAGGCCUGAGCUGCCGAGGACGAACCUUUGGUAAAGAUUUACUCUUGGUUUCCUGCCGCUAACGCCCUUCAGCAACUGUCGCCAUGGCAGCCGAGAAAGCCGAAAUGGACGCGCUGAAAAAGGAGUGCGACGGCCUCCGCGCCCAAAUUGAGGCGGCUCGCAAGGGCGUGAACGACACCACCAUGACGGCGGCGGCGAGCAGCGUGGCGGCCGUGGGUCGCGUUCAGCUGAAGCAGAGGAAGACGCUCAAGGGUCACCUGGCCAAAAUCUACGCCAUGCACUGGUCAGCUGACUCCAGGGAAAUGGUGAGUGCGUCACAGGACGGCAAACUUCUGGUGUGGGACACCUUCACGGGAAACAAGCUGGUCGCCGUCCCGCUGAAGUCCGCCUGGGUGAUGAGCGUGGCCUUCGCCCCCUCUUCCAACCUGGUGGCCAGUGGCGGUCUGGACAAUAUGUGCACCGUCUACAACAUCAAGGCGGCCAGCCCCAAGACCCUCAGGGAGCUGGACGCGCAUACAGGUUACCUGUCCUGCGCUCGCUUCCUUAGCGACUCGGAGAUCAUCACAGCCUCCGGCGACACCACCUGCUGCCUGUGGGAUCUGGAGACGGGAAAGCAGAAAGUCAUCUUCACCAACCACAUCGGGGACUGCAUGUCUCUGGCUCUGUCCCCCGACAUGAACACCUUCAUCUCGGGGGCCUGCGACUCCCUGGCGAAGUUGUGGGACGUGCGGGAAGGCGCCUGCAAGCAGACCUUCAUCGGACACACCAGCGACAUCAACGCCAUCGCGUUCUUCCCGAGCGGGAACACCAUCGUCACAGGCUCGGACGACUGCAGCUGCAAGAUGUACGACCUGCGCUCCGACCAAGAAGUGAACAGCUACCAGGACAGCAGUCUGAACGCCGGCGUCACGUCCGUGGCACUGUCCAACUCGGGCCGCCUCGUUUUCGCCGGCUACGACGACUUCAACUGCCACAUUUGGGAUUCUCUGAAGGGAGAGAAAGUGGGCGUGCUGUCCGGCCACGACAACCGCGUGAGCUGCACCGGCGUCCCCGAGGACGGAAUGGGUGUCUGCACAGGAUCAUGGGACAGUUUCCUGAAACUGUGGAACUGACAAGUCCCGGCUGGGAAUCACGUCGAGAGAAGAAGGAGGCGAGGAGGACUAGGAGGCCGGCGGUGUUUGAGGGGGUUUCAUCAUGAGUGUCCUCUCCUUCUCUCUCUCUCUCUCUCUCUCGUCCUCAUUGAGCUAUGCAAAACACAGCCGGUUCUUUUGUAAGCGGCAUCAGCGCAGGUGGAGAGUCCCGCUGUCCCCGCAGCAGCGUUUAUUGAAUGAAAUCUUUAUAAAAGAACUAGUGAGCAGAGAAUAAAGCUCUUAAACUGGAAACACAUUUAGAGUAAAACAGAAGCUCCUGCAUGUUCAACAUUUUCAGGUUCUUGUUAAGCGGCCCCUGCAUCAUAACGUCGUGUAGAAGAAGGAGACGUGCGUUUUGUGUCUGAUAGAGACCGACGGUAGCGCGGACAACUCGGUGUCGGACUUCACUUCAGCGUCUUCAAAGCUAGAGACCCCGCCCCCUUCCCUUUACUGUGCAGAUCCAAUGAUAAGCAGACGAAUGAGCGGUCAAUGUUCAUGCCAGGCCACCGUUUUGUAGGACUUUUACGUGCGUGCAAUUCCUCUGUAAAAACAAUCUUUCUAAUAAAUAGAGAACUCUGCAUUGACA